UUUGAAGGUGAUCGUAGUGGUACGAUAUGUAGUACCCGUAGUACGUAGGUAUGUGUCCUAUUUUUAUGUGAUGUCACAUGUCAUGUUCUUGUGGUGCUUAAUUAAGAUCAGUUUGAAUAAAUAAGAUGUAAUAGACACAAAGUUCGAGUUGUGGGUAUGUGAUAUGUUCAUUACAAAUUUGAAAAGAGAAUUCUCAAACCUGUUUCGAUGAAUACGUCAACAAUUGGAGGCUCAAGGCAUGGAGGUCUACAAUGUAAUAUUACCGAUAUGUUUGGAUGGUUUCUUCAAGUACUUUUGGCUGCUCUAGCAUUUACUUGUCUAAUCCUGAAGAGAUUCUGUGAGCCACCAUAUGAACGCCGCCCAUGGUUAAUAUGGUUCUACGAUACAUCAAAACAAGGCAUGGGGGCAUUAGUUAUCCAUCUGGCUAAUGUUUACUUGGCCACCAAAUUUCAGGGAGACCCCUGCACAUGGUACAUCAUAAACUUCUUACUAGAUUCGUCCAUUGGUCUUGGGAUCAUCUAUGUGGGGAUCCGGGUAUCUCAGUACCUCUCCAGAGUCAGACGAUGGGAAGCAAUCAAUUUUGGUGAAUAUGGCAAACCUCCGUCAGUGAACGCCUGGGUAGCACAGUGCUGCUUGUAUGUUCUCCUCAUGGUCAUCGUGAAGAUAUGUAUCACUCUUCUCAUCCAGUUAGAUUUCUGGGAUGAUGUUCGAGACUUCAUCCUCUCACCUAUCGUAAAUCCAAAGGUUGAAGUUGUCGUGGUGAUGCUCGUCAUUCCAUUCUUUAUCAAUGCACUCAUGUUCUGGGUCACUGACAACUUCCUUAUGAGACGUAGCAGUCGGAGGGGUCAUCCUGUCGAUCCAAGCCUUUUACAGAGGGUCAAAGUUCGGUAUCGGAAAAUCAAGAGGGAAAAGCGAGAUGACUCGGAGUCUGACGUCCUGCUGUCUGCUGAUGAGGAGUUGUUAGGAACUAAUGGAAGCUUGCAGCAGAGACUGCCCAGUGUGAUGAUCACAUAGGAUUAGUAUAUAUCCUGCUCAUGAACUCUUCCUGUGGAAAUCUUUGUAUGGAAAGACCAUAUCAUCAUUUUCUAUUCUCCAUCCAUUUGUAACUUUUUAUGAAAUGGAUUGUGACAUAUUUAUGAGAAUUAUAUAUGAGUUCAUUUUGAUAGGAAUAGCUAUUUUUUAACAUUGUGUGAUAAGGAGGGUUGAUUGUAAACUACUGUUAUGCAGUAAUAAUACUCUCAAGGCUGAUGAUGUAGAAUUCAAUUUUAAGCAUAGCUCUCAAGAUUUAUUCAUGAAUUUGGCUGAAUAUUUAUUUUUCAGGGAUGUAAAAACUAGGUACUAUCUAAUGAGAACUUUGACUGAUAUUUAUUAUUAUUUCUGAUAGCUAUAUAUAGAUGUUGUGUCAUUGUGUGUUUUGGCAUGGCUACAGACUGAGGACUGUAAGUAGGAACAUCACUUGUAUGUUUUACAUGCAGUUCUUUUUAACAGCUCCUGUUUUUGGAACCAUUUUCUUUGUAUACCAUCUUGGUAUAAAAAUUGAUGAGAUUUCUGAGUGAUUUAUCUCAAAUUGAAAGACUUUGAGUUCAUAAAUAUUGCUGGAAAUACACGGCCUAUCUCUGCAGGGAAGCUUAAUACAAAGUCAGUUCCUUGUUCCUGUUGGUUGCAGUUGUUGAAAUCUGGUGAAUAAUAAAAUUCUUAAAGUUGCAUAUUAUUUAUGUAAAUUGUUUAUAGUGGAAAAUUAUAUUUUAGUUGACAAAAUCAUACUGAUUUGGUUUUGUGAAUCUUGAAGGUUCAUUUAGAUGGUUUUAAUCAUUGUUGCCAACUGUUUGUUUGUAACAUGUGAUAGUAGCUCUGAUUCAGGGCUUUAUAGUGUGUCCAGAGGAUGAAUCAUGACUAUCCGUUGUAGGUCGGUGAGCAGUGAUGAGUGCCGAUGGUACACUGAACACAGCAUACGUUGGCCAACUACCAAACCUCAGUUUUUGCAUUCCAUGUAAUCUCUGCCUUAGUAGUAAGUGGCAGUGUGUGGUCAGUAUGAUCACAUGAACCUGUGAGAGGCUGGGUGUUGCAGUUUAUGUGUGUUUACAGUAUUGCCAACAACAGUACUUCCAUUUUCAAUAUGACAAGUACUUGGGUAAACUGUGACUGACUUGACCCAAGGUUUAUUGUUGGGUCACCUCCUGAAAGUUACAGGGCAUCCCUGGAACCAGUCUGCAGAUAUUGCACAGUGCACAACUAAAUUGCUGCUCUUGAUGUUCAUUCCUAUGAAAUCUCUCUUGUAAAAUGUCCAAACUGUACCUUUUAGACUUCGCUCUUUUGCUUAUCUCUGUUCAUUAUCCCUGAGAGUUACGCAUCUCUUUCAUCUGAUGAUGUCUUUUGACUUCACCAUCUUCAGUACUGUGUUUACAUAACUUAUCAUUUGUUGCUUAGUCGACUAUGAUGGUGAAUAGUGUGGAAACUGGUUUGCCUGUAGACAGAUAUAAUUAAACUGAAGAAUUUUG